AUGUCGUCGCAGGAUUUCCAGAAGCGGAUGAACGGUAUGGCCCAUCGUCCACAGUCGAAGACUUCCACCACCUGGACCGAGUACAGCGGAAUCGACCGAGGCACAUCCGUCUCAUCUAAGGCGCCCCAUAUCGUUAAUCCCCAGCAUCAUAAGUUCAUUGCGCCGAACCAGAUGUGGAAAGAGGUAAUGGGUCAAGACAUCGCACCUCCGGAAAGUCGUGGCCAGAACCCGCAUGCCCUGACUGCUAACGCCACCGACGCCAAUGGACACGUCAAUGGUACAGAAAUGAAGAUACUUCCCAAUGGCGCAAGCUCGACCAAAAUACCUGGAAUUGGGGAUCUGAAGGCCUGCAAGGAGCUCUUCCAGCAGGAGCUCUUCGAGGUUAACACUGGCCGACAAGUUCGACCCAGCGCCAACAAACCGAUGAGAGCCCCUCACCCUACACCGGGGCUCUCGAAAAGUCGGUGGGCUACUCAAGGACCAAGUCAUCGGGCUACUCAGGGACCAAUCCAGCGUGCUUUCCAUCCUGCACAGAAAUCCGUUGCGUCGAUUGAAACCACUCAGGGACCAACCCAGCGUGCUUUCCAUGAUACACAGGAAUCUCUUGCGUCGAUUGAGACCUUGAGACCCCAGCAGCAUGUCACAGUCAAACGUUCUCAACCCGUUAGCCGACAACCAACCGAGGAGUUUCAGCAGAAGGCCCCUGUUCCAACUGAAUCUGCAUAUGUCAAUCCUUUUCGGCAAGGCAAAGUCUUCGAGAAGAAAGAUGUGCUUCCCGCGACUUUUGACAUGGCAGCUUAUGAAUCAGAACAAGGCAACGGAGACGAUCACCACUCCCAACAACAGGAGUCAAAGGGUCAUGCCUCCGCCAAGGGUUUCAAGCAACUGCCUUUGACUGCCGAAGCUCUGGUCGAGGUUACCGGAGCGCCUCUUGAGGUUAAGACAAAGAGUAUUGACAUACUUAGCCAGGUCAGCGAUGACGGCAUCGAAAUGCUGAACUUCGAUGAAGAUAUCAACGGGCCAGAGGAUCGCUGGGAUGCCGAACGCGAUUUCCGAGGCAACUUCCCAGAUGGUAUCUGGGAGAAUCAGGAAUGGAAUCGCACCAAACGACCUACUAAGAAGUCCUUGGAGGCAAUGUCUGACGACGAGGAAGAAUUCGUCAUUCCCCCGUAUCUUGAGGACUACGUCAACAACUGGAAUGCCAAGACAACUGAGUGCGAGACCGACUUUCUCACUAUCGGGGUAGAAAACCAUGAGGAUUGCGACGUCGACACACUCACCGGAAUUCUCAUGCAACCGAUCGAUUACCCAGAGACAAAACCAGACCCAAGCAUCCCGCAAUCGUCCAAGCAGUCCAAGACGUCUCAAAUGGCGAUGGCCGCUCGCGAAGCGCACUUAGAUCGUACCGACCCCGAAAGAAAACUGAAGAGAAAGCUAGCGGUUGCUGCAAAGCGUAAGGCGGCUGCCGACGCUGCCAAAGCCGAAAAGGCCGCCGCAGAUGCACGCGAGAAGGCAUUCUUGGAAGAGUUGCACGCGCCGAACCCGCACGAGGUCAAGGUUCCGUGUCAUCUUCGUCCAGCUGUGGAAAGCGACAUGCCAGGCGUCGCGGCAAUCUACAACAAGGAGAUUGACGAAGGAUGGAGAGUGAUUGAUGCUGGAAAAGUCAGCCCUGACAGGUUCCGCCAGCUUUUCAACGGCUGCCGCGAGGAAAAGAUGCCCUUCGUCGUUGCUCUCGAGGGCUGGCAUGAUCCUAAUAUCACCGAUAAUCGGGUUAUCGGAUUCGCAUUUAUUGAUGCCAUCAGUCGUGGUAUCAUGGGGGCAUAUUCCACCCAUUCGCGGCCUGGAGGGCGACUGACAGUCGUCGUCGACUCUGAGUUUCGCCGAAAGAAAGUUGGCACGGCACUGAUAGACGUCGUCAUGACCGCCUGCUCCACUCGAUACCUCCCCAAACUGGGCCAUCAAUUCGUCAACCCUCUACAGAAUCGCACAACCAUGCGGCCAGAGUACAACUCUCGUUACUGGUGGUAUAUCGACAUGGUUGUACACAUUAAGUCGGAGAAGACUGAGAAAAUGACGAGACAGGGAGACGAGUUCAAGUGGAUCUGGGACUGGCUGGAGAGCACCUUUGUCCUCAUUCUCAUCGAUUACGACGAGAAAUGCCUUAAAGAUCAGAGACAGCCACGGGGUGAGUGGCUAGACAGACUUACUUUCCGACAUGUCUGCCGCGCUCUCGGACCUUGA